AUUCGCCAAGUGCAGACGACCAAUAUGAAAGUCGUAUUUUGGUCUCGUGAUCAUGUGUUUCGAUUCAGAGGGUUUUGUGCCAUUUCCUGGCAUUCUCAUCAUUGUGGUUAAAAAUAGUUGAUUUUGGCUGCAAAGCCCGCCAUUUUUCACAUUUAUUUUCAAACCCCGCCAACCGCAGUUUAUUUUUCUUAUUUGACAGUGCAAAUGCUAUCUUUGUUGUAAUACGAUGCAUCAUAUGCAUUAAGAAGCAGUAUCUACAUCAAGAUUUAAAGUAAACUCAUUUUGUGGAUAGUACAACACAAAACAGUUUUCCGCGUUUUUACCUUGGAACUGUAUGGUUUGCACUUGGCGGGGUUUGCAUUUCGACGGCUCAUAUAUGGAAAUACCACAAUGGACCACCAUGUUUUGCCCUGACUAGCGCUAUCCUUCUCGUUUCGCAUUCUAGCCGCAAUGAAUUUGCGUUACGCCUAUUCCAUGUGUUGACAGUUCAUUGGAUUUUUACUCGUUCACAAAUAUUUUCGUGUAAUUGAUUUGACCAUGGAGGUUUUGACCAUUUCUACUGAAGAGUCAACAAAUGGUGACUGUCCAGCAGAAAAGAAAUUGAACUUAGUGGAUGAGAACGGCUCAACUGAUACUUCUAUCCACGAGAAUUUAAAGGAUUUGUCCAACUUCGCAGUGAAAGAAAUCUUACAAAACAACACAAACAGAAAAGUCACAUGUUUGAGAGGUAGUUUUAGUUCCCAUCCUGGAGAAGCUGUGGUCGUUCUAGAAAAGCCGGCCUUUUCUGAAGAAAUUCUCAACGAUUACUUCAAAGGAAAAGAUAAUCUAACCAAAUCGUUUCAUAACGAUAUUUAUGGAGAUUACCGGUACAAUCCGUCCUCCGAUCUCAAUGCUGUGAAAGCAACAGUUAUACAUCCUGCUACUGAAAAGACUAUACAACGAUAUACAUCUCAAAAGCACUAUAUGAUAGAGGAAUCACCAAAAAUCUAUAAGGACAUUAUCUUACCAAAUCUAGCUGAAGAAGAAGAUCAUUUACAGGUAAAUAUGAGAAAAUAUCCAUUUAAUAAUUAUAAUUAUACUCGUUAGGAGUUGCAAACCAAAUUCCGGGAUUUCAAAAAUACUAGGAAAUAGGAUCAAAUCAAAGUCUUAAAAAUAAUGGUUUUGAAAUCGCAAAAACCGAGGUAUACAGUAUUUUCUGUAUCAAGUAAAAGUAAUAUCUCAAUUAUUUCUAUAAUUUCAAUUUUUAAAUCAA